CCGCCGCGCCCGGGAUCUGGUGCCGCCGCCGCCGCUCGGGGACGGGCCGGCGAGGAGGAGGAGGAGCGGCGGCCCCACGGCCGUCCUGGUGCCGCCCGCGGUACGGCCCUGCUCACCGCCGCUCUUCGCCGCCAUGAGCGCCGGGCAGGCCGCGGGGGAGGAGGCGGACGCUGCCGCCGCGUCCCCGGCACUGCCCAGGGUACUCUCGGCGCUCUUCUACGGGACGUGCUCCUUCCUCAUCGUGCUGGUCAACAAGGCGCUCCUCAGCGCCUACAGCUUUCCAUCACCAAUGUUUCUUGGAAUUGGACAGAUGGCAGCCACUAUACUUAUCUUGUAUGUGUCAAAACUAAAUAAGAUUGUUCACUUUCCUGAUUUUGACAAAAGUAUACCUGUGAAGUUGUUUCCUCUGCCUCUGAUUUAUGUUGGAAACCACUUAAGUGGAUUAUCAAGUACCAGCAAACUCAGUUUGCCGAUGUUUACAGUGCUCAGGAAGUUUACCAUUCCACUUACUUUACUGCUGGAAAUCAUCAUACUUGGGAAGCGGUAUCCACUGAAUAUUAUAGUCAGCGUAUUUGCCAUCAUUCUUGGGGCUUUCAUAGCUGCUGGGUCUGAUCUGUCUUUCAAUCUGGAGGGCUAUAUCUUUGUGUUGCUAAACGAUAUCUUCACAGCAGCAAAUGGAGUUUAUACAAAGCAGAAAAUUGAUCCAAAGGAGUUGGGAAAAUAUGGUGUCCUGUUCUAUAAUGCUUGUUUCAUGGUGAUUCCAACAGUUAUUAUUAGCUUUUCUACUGGAGACUUUCAGCAGGCAACACAUUUCCAGCACUGGACAAAUUUUUUCUUUGUCUUUCAAUUUAUUCUUUCCUGCUUUUUGGGGUUUCUCUUGAUGUAUUCUACUGUCCUGUGCAGUCAUUACAACUCUGCGCUCACAACAACAGUAGUUGGUGCCAUCAAGAAUAUAUCCAUUGCUUACAUCGGAAUGUUGAUUGGUGGAGAUUACAUAUUCUCCAUGUUAAACUUUGUAGGGCUAAAUAUUUGUAUGGCAGGAGGACUGAGAUACUCAUUUUUAACAUUAAGAGGAAACAGCAAGCCUGCACAACCUGGGGAUGAAGAGAAUGCACUUCCAGUGUCCAAGAGUUAGACAAAAUGCCUGCCUUGAAAGAGACUGAAGAUAAAAGUUUGUUUAGCAUGGCCAAGACCUUAAAUAAGUAUAUGCUGGAACAUAUUUGGAACAACAAAAAAUAUCUACCUCAUUUGUCACAAACAUGCACACAAUUCACUGACACAGAAGUAUUCUUGCACACCAUGUUCUUUACAUGUAAACUAGUUUGAUUCCAGCUUUUUUUUUUUUUACACUGCAAGCCAUUUUAUAGGAAGGAAUGCUGUGAGCAAAUCUCAAGUUGUAAAUUUCUGCAUUUACCAGUACUUGGUGCUGUUUCAACAAGACCUGUUUGAGUUCUGUUUCAGUGACUGCCUGUAGUUUCUUGAGACAAAACUCCCUGUAAAGAUCAUGAGGCUUGAUUCACCUUUGCCUUAUGCCAUAUGCAAUCCUUGAUAUCAGUGAAGAGAUGAAAGAUCCUAGUGGUUCAGAUUGAUUUCACACAUGUAUUUGCUCUUGGGUAAGUGAUGUGGAACACAUGGGGCAAAGAGGAUAUGUGGCCCCAGAUUGUUCCCUGUGUGUCAUCUAAAAAAGUCAGGCUAUGUGCAUGUGUGUUCAGUGUAUAUUGUGUAGGCAUCCUCUCUCUAUGUUUUUUCUCAUCCUCAAUCACACCAUGGUGUUCUGCUGCAAUUGGCACUGUAGUUAAAAGUGAGCCCUCAUAACUUUGCAGCAGAUCAAGGAGAGUAGGGAAGUGACAGGGGAUUUUUGAAUAUUUAAGGAUUUUGUGUGUGUGUGUGUCUGUGAGCCAGUGCCAACAAAGGUAAAUCUAUUUUUGUUUAGGUACAUUUUUCUUUUUAUAUCACAGUCCCCUCCUCUGACAUUUUGUCUGUAACUACCUUGCUACAGAGAAGUGGUGCUACAAUGUACAAACAUAGUAGGGAAGGGAAACAUAGAUGGAAGACCGACUUGUGUUUAAAUGAGGAGAAAUGGUUAGUGUCCUGUUGUGUCAUAUAUACAGUAAAAGCUUAUCUGGUACUAGUUUAUGCUUUAAAUCCUAAGCAAAGAAUCAUAACGAGGGGAUUACUACAGUAGGCACAGCUGGUACAGUGGUUAAGAGGCCCAGAUUGUGACAGUCUGACUUAUCAUCUGGGACAAUAAUGCCCUGUAUCUAUAUUUCUUUCUUUGAGAAUACUUGCUAAUGCUUACCUGUAUCUCUGAGGAUAGUGUUAACCUUUGAAAACAUGACAGAAGCAUUGAAGUGAUGGAAGACAGCAGAGUAAUUAAUCUUGUUGAAGUUCUCAAUUCCCUGCAAGCAUGAGCCAAGAUUUUUGAAAAUAAUCAAAUCAAAAGAAGAUUUUGAAAGACUUUGACAUGGAAGCAGGGUGGUCUAAUGACUUGUUUGAUCCCCACUUGAAUUAAGAUGCAGCUAAGAAAAUCUGAAAAGCAUUACUCUCUGUGUAGCACCUGAAUGACCAGUCUGGAUUACAUCUAAGAAACACUUGGGUAACUCACGCCAGAAGCUUCAGGGAGUGACUGAGCUUCCCACUGCCUGCAUGGAUUUGAAUUGCAAGAGGAGCAGUGACUGCAAAUACUAGAACUGACAUUUAAAGGCACAGUCAAAGUGAGAAGAGAAAUCUGAGCUAUCCAUUUUCUCACAGCUGGCUAAGAAUGCGACUUUCAUUUUCUAUCUUCUGAAGACCUGUGGAGGGAAAGUGUUGCUGCAAAUAUUUUUGAGUAAUCUUCUGUUUUUAAAGAUUUCCUUUAUGCUUAAAAAACCUUCAAUAUUUUUGAGAGUAUUCCUUUAUAAGACUCCUCUUUCUUCAGAUCAUCUCUACCUCCACAAUUCAAAUUACUGAACCUUGACUCUCUGUCAUGAGACAAGGUAUUGGAAGGUUUUCAUUAAUUAUGAAAUUAGUAUGAGUGCCAUUUGAUUGCAAUUCUGAUGAACACACAAUGGCACCUGCUAAAUAAGAUGUAGUUCCCACAAAGGAACACCUAAUGUAUGCAUAAAUUCAUUAAUAUUUUGCUGUACUUUUUAUAAAUAAAAAGAUGCAGAUUACAGUUUUAA